AUGACGGAUACUCUUUCAGAGGUGAGUGCUGAGCGCUUAAAGAAGCUUCGUGGAGCAGUGCAUGAUUUUCUUCAAGAGUCGAGUGUGUAUUCUAAGAUCCGGGAUAUUGUAGACUCGUACAUCGCCGAAAACCCGGGGGAUGCAUUAGACCCAACAUCUUCUGCCGAUGUGAUGAAGAUUGUGCGAGAGAAAGGCGUGGUUCAGGAUUUAUUGAGUCGAUUACACAGUGAAAAACGCUUGAGUGCGGCACAAACACAGAGUGCAGCCCAUUCGUGGAAGCUUGUGCCGGGGGAGUACUACCUGCACCUGAGAUUGGCUGGGGGGAAAGCGUUUGUGGAUAAUUUGGAUCUGAGCCCGGGGGUGGCCAAGGGCUAUCAAAUGUAUGUUGCGUUACACUUCGGGUCGCAGCGCUACCGGUCUAUCGCAGAAAACGCUUCUGUAGAUCCCCCUUUUAGCGAUGAGUUCCUUAUAGGGCUCGACUACAAGACAUUUGGCUCCUGUGCAGCUGAUUUAAUAGAGGUUUCAACUCCCCUUCACGUAGCCGUCAUCCGAGAAGACCGGUUGUUAACAAACGCCAGGGUGAUUGGUGAAAAUGUGGUUGACUGGAGAAGGGUGCUGCGCACAGGUUAUCUUGGUUUGACAGUUGAGCUUUGUGGGGAGAACCCAGGUAUUCCUGCCGGUAUACUGGAACUCCAACUUGAGUUGCUACCCAACAAAGCUCCUCGCUAUUCAGAAGAAGAUGUCACUUCAAGAAUUGACUUGCAACGUUCUGCAAUCACCUCUGCGGAUCGCGAAUUUCUUCUUUAUGCACGUCGCUGGUGGAUGGAAUUUCAAGAUAUCCGUCCUGCUCACAAACAACGAAGAGUAAAAGUUUUUGCAUCUACAUCGAAUGGGAGAAUGGUUCCCACGACUCACUUUGUCUCUGUCAUUCAACCUGAAAGGGGAAUUGAAACGCCUUUUGAAGCCUCUAGGUUUGUUUCUCUUUUAGCUGUGACUGAUGAAGAACACCUCACGCAUGAGGUUCUUCUUGGUGGAUCGGGGGGCCACAAGGUAGCAAACUGUUGGCUUUCAAUGUUUGCUUUCCUUUCGCAGAGACGAGGGGAACCAUGUAACCACGCCGCGCUUUUGUGUUCCUUGUUGCUUGGGUUUGGCCUUGAUGCGUACUGUGCUGUUGGAACAGACAAUAAAGGAAAUACGGCCAUGUUGGUCGUGUCCCGCAAACGUGUUAGUGCCGGCGUUUUUGAAGUUAUAUUCUGGGAACCUACAACAGGAAACCGCUACUCGAGGACAGAUGCACAUCCGUACGAAACUAUUGGGUGUGUGUUUAGUCAUCGGUCCUUCUAUGCAAACAUUCAGCAAUCAGACGCUGCUGUUACUGUUUCAUUUGAUCUCGAUAAUGAAGAGUUGUGGAAGCCCUUAAACCCUCUGAAACUCCGCAUGCUUCCAAAGUAUCCGAACCCUUCACUUUUAUGGGUUCCGUGUGAUACAAAGAGUUUGGAGGAUCAAUUGCAGGCUGAGUUAAUGCGUGAAGUAACUGAAUACCGUGAUGCUCGCGGGAUCGUCACAUGCUUUGAUGAUGGUCUUGCCUAUGUUCUUUCACAAGCGCUUUCCUCAUAUGAAAGUCAGCGACGUAAUGGCACCCCGGAAGACCUGUCGCUCUUCGAAUCUUGUGUGAAGGGAAUCAUAGGUGAGGGCAAAACAUUUAAAGGUGUACCAGUAAAUGUGACGCAUUUGAAUAGUCGUAAGAUACUGGCAGCGUUUGGAGGGAGUGCCUCUGGGAGAGAGAUACUUGAGUUGGCGGCGGACACUCUCUCACUGGCGGUUCGGGUGAAGGUGUAUCCGUUUCCAGAGGGUGUGAACUCGGUUUGGGUGAUGCUUGCAGCAUCUUAUAGGCUUACCCCAUUUCAGCAAGGCUCACUGAAUACUGGUACCUGA